AUGCAGCUGGGCAAUCAGGUGUCUUUACUACGGCGGCUCUUCUGCGGCGACCGCCUGUCCCUCCUACACGUACUAAUUGUUGUGUGUACGGACUCCCUCUCCCUGUACGAAUGCCUCGUCAAGCUCGGCACCACUAAGGAGAAGCGCCUUAUGAUUGAUAUUAUGGCUAUCCGUGAAGGUUACGAGCGAGGUGACCUCACGGAUAUCCGUUGGAUCAAUAGGCGCGACAACCUAGCAGACGUUAUAACUAAGGCAGCCGCCAACACCUCGAUAGAGCAGCUUAUCAACACCAACGAGCUAGAGCUCCAGGUCUAG